AUUUACCUGUUCCCAAGUAUCACAAAGCUUAUGUGAAGAUAUAUCGAAAUCACACUCUUUCAAGGCUCAUGCAAAUCACGCAUAUGCAAAUGCUUUACCUCCAUUUCAAGGAAACACACGUUUAAAAAACGUAAGAGAGAGCUUUCAACAAAACACUCUUGACAGCGAGUGAAAAUUCUGCAAAUAAUCGACUCUGUUUCAAGCAUCAACCAUGCCAAAUGCACGGAACACCCAAAGUAGAACAUCACCAUCGAGGCCAUCAUCACCUAGCCAUGGCAAAAGUACCAGCGUGGCCGUGACAGCACUGGACGGAGUCAUAAACGUAAACUCACUCUUCACCUUAGCCAUCUUCGUCGGGCUAUCAUUUGCAUCUCCGGGUGGAAAAAAAACUCUCAACAACCGCCAAAGUUGUCAGCCUGGAAUCUUAACCUUAAAACAUCUUGUAAUCUUCGAAGUUCUCUCUUUCAGUUUCUUCCUUCUCUCGUCACUCGUCGCUCAGGCCCUAAAGCUCUCUCUCAGCCUUCUCAACAAUGAAGAACUUGCUGACGGAUUCAGCGUUCAUGUAAACCGCACAGUUUUGAGAACGGGAAUGUUGAUGACUGCUGUUUCCUCUGUGAUGGGGUGCUUGUUUCUAAUGGUUUCAAUGUUGAAUGUGAUUGAGAUUAAGCUCGGGCUGUUGUCAUGUGGAGCUAAAUCUACGAUACUUGCAGUGAGUUCGUUGAUUAUUUUAGUGGUGUCUGGUCUUUUGGUUUAUAUUUUUGCUGCUUGGUAUGCAUUUACUCAUGCUACCAUUCACCAUCCAAGGGAACCAGAUAGUAGCUAGUUGUCUUCCCUUGUUUGGUGCUUAUGAUUGUUCCUACUUUUUCUUUUUGCCACAACAAAUAAUGGGACGAGUUUGAUCCUUACUCGAGUCUUGUUUGAGUUUAUCCUUGGUCCAUAUAUAGUUGGAGUUUUGUCUUAUUAUAGAAUCUUCUUUGUAAUAAUUGAUUAUCUUUAGAUUUUAAUUUGUUGCAAGAUCUGUCCGG